AACUCACCAAAGUUUAAUGGGAUCAAAAGCUCAUUCCAAGAAACUGUUUAAGAGAAAGAAGACUCUUGGUCAGAAGAUCUUUAAUAGUGUCAAGUCUUUCGAUAUGUACGGGAAAGACAUAGUUCUAACUUAUGAUGGAGAAGACAAGUACAGGACUCAUAUUGGAGGAAUCGCCUCUAUUUUUGUAUUUGGUAUUGUGUUCACGUACAUUAUUUACUUGGUUCAUGUUAUGCUCACCAAGGGUGAUACAACUUUUAUUAAAACAUCUUUAUUGAACGAUCUUUAUGAAAAUGUUGAAUUCCAUUCGCCCUCAGCAAAUAGUAAAGGAACUGGACAUUCACAGUUUGAUUUCGCAUUCAAAUUCACUUCAAGUGGGCAAGAUUAUUUAAACGAUCCUACUGCAUUCUCGAUGUCGAUGAGCUUCGUUGAACAAAAAUGGGUGACCGAGAAUGGGGUUGCCAAAAUUAAAAGAAAUUAUACAGAUCUCGAAUACGAAAUUUGAGGUCUUGAGCAUUUCGACUACGAUGAUAUUUCAGAGAUCAAGAGGAUCGGAGUCGACACCUACUAUUGCCCCAAAGGUGACUAUUCUCUUGGAGGCAGCUUUUACUCCCCACAAUACAAUUAUAUUGAGAUGAAACUGAGGAAAUGUGUUAGUGGGAGUUGUAAAAGCGCUACUGAUCUUGAAAACUUGAUUAAAGACUCCAGGUUCUCGAUAGCAAUUGUGAACACUGUCGUUGAUUUAAAGAAUUAUGGAAAGCCAAUUCAAUACAUGAUUGAUGACGGUCUUUUCUGGGAGCUUACUCCUGGAAUCAGAAAGAAAACCGACGUCUUUGUACGUAAGAACGAUGCCUCCUUCGAGGAUAACUACGUACAGCUUGGGUUCCCUGAGGAAAAGGAGUUUUAUCAGGUUGUUGACUCUUCAGACAGGUUCGAGGCAGAGUCUAGUAGUGGAGAUCUUCUUUCUAUAUAUUUCAGGUUUGAUAAAACCUCUGAUAUUUAUGAGAGAAAAAUCUAUUCCUUAGGAGAGCUUAUUGGCCAAGCUGGAGGAUUUUACACUGUCUUGGCCCUAUUCGGUUCAAUCCUUCUGUUCAUUUUCUCAGAAAGACUUUUUGUAAGCUCCAUUUUGAGUAGAAUAUACCAGAUUGAUAGAUGGCAAGAACAUGAACGAUUGGAUAAGAAUUUGAGGUCAAAAAAUCAGAAAGAAAUUUCUAAGAAAAAUAUCCAAUAUCGAGAGGAUGGAAGAAGUAUCAAACAGCCUCUGACUGAAAGCGAGAAGUUCCAUUCAAAGACCUCGGGUGAUCUCAAACAUAUUAAUUCGAAUAAUGUGUUGGUCCCUUCCUUGCUUCCGAAUCUUGAGAAAAGUAUGAGGGAGCGGCGGGUCUUCAAAUACGGCUACACCGAUAUUUUGCAUUAUUUAUUUUGCUGUGUUGUCUGUCGGCGUAAAAGAACUAUGAGGCUCAAACCCAGGUUCAGAGACCAUCUCUAUUACGAAAUUGGAGAAGAGAAACUUCUUGAUGAACUUGAUUGAGUUACUAUCAUCAAAGCUGUCCGGCAGUUAAAGAUCCUAACCCAGGUUCUUUUUGAUAAAAAGCAAAAAUUUCUGAUGAAAUUCCAGAGAAAUAAUGUGAUUGAUAGCUCAUCUUCUGGCACUUCUGACGAAGGUCAGAUGAAUAUUGUGGAUCUAAUGGCAAGCAAGAACAGCAAGCAUGUAGAAAUAGUCAACAAAAAGAUUCAGAAAGCAGUUUAUAGUUUCGAUGGCAAACAUCUCAAAGAUCUUGACAAACGAAUCAUUGCUGGUAUCCUCAAAAGGAGACUUUCUGAUUCAGAUGAUGACCAUGAUGGGACUCAUAAAGAUGAUCUUCAAUUGAAGGAGAUCACAUCAAAUUCUUCAGCUCAGGAAGAGCAUAAAGAGGACUAUCAGAAAUUUAAAAGAGGAGUUCGUAUAAUUCCACUUUUCUCAAACGCCGAGAUAGGAGAUACCGUCAAUAAAAUUUAUGAGACCCAAAAUGAUGCUGAGGGGAAGGAACGACCCGUUCAUUAUUAUGACAAUGAAAGCUGAAUUUCAUCAGUGGAUAUUUUUCAGAAUAAUAACUCUACAGCAAAAAUCUCAAGUGUUAAUUCAAAAUAAUUUCAAUAA